AUGGAUACGAUGGAUGACAUGGAGGGAACACACCAAAACCCCGCUGUCCCCGCUUCAGAUGGCAGUAACGCCAAGACUUAUCGCCCGCGCGGCUAUCAACUUGAGAUGUUGGAAGCAAGUCUACAACAGAAUAUCAUUGUCGCAGCCAAUCUGGACGCCGUGUGCAAAACACCACGCACUCAUCGAACCGAGCUUCUUGAACACGUUCAUCAGCCCCGUCUCCAGCGCAUCACUUAUUCCCCGUUGGCAAUUGAAAGUCUAGGCGCUGGUAGCGAAUUGCUUCUGCCGCUUAUCCACUGCGUUCAGUCAUAUGAUAUUCGAAAUGAUCCCUAUUUCCAGACGCUCCGGCAAAAUCCUGAAACGGAAGCUCAUUUAGAAAAGGGGACCGCUUAUGGAAAAACAUAUUGUUAUGAACAGCUGACGAAGUUUCGCGAGCAAAGCUGCCACAUUUACGAAGAGCUUGGCGGCUACGCAACGGACUAUUUCAUCGAGUCAUGCAUAUCUCGACUGCAAAAAUCAUUUGAUACUGAAAUGGAAACAUCGGGACUAGCUCACAGGGAGAAGGCGCAUGUCCUCGACAUUCUUAUGUCAAUGAAAGUUUCCGCCGGGGCUACUGACAACAACAACAACAACAAUGCCCCUCAUCUCUCCCCAAAGCUUGAAGAAUUGCUCUCUUUUCUCGAGCAGGCGGAUGGCCCGGGAUUCUCAGGCUUGAUAUUCGUUAAAAGACGAUCCACGGUCAGUGUCUUGUCGCAACUCUUGUCAAAGCACCCUAUGAGUAAGGAUCGAUUUCGAACUGCAGCCUAUGUUGGGUGGUCCAAUAAUGGCGGCCGUAAGGGGUCUAUUGGAGAUUUACUCAGUCGGGAUAUGCAGAAGGACACACUAAUGGAGUUCCGAGAGGGCACAAAAAACCUAAUAGUGACCACAGAUGUGUUAGAAGAAGGGUUGGAUGUUAGUUGCUGCAGCCUGGUGAUAUGUUUUGACAAACCUUCCAAUCUUAAAUCCUUUGUCCAAAGACGGGGUCGAGCCCGCCAUCAGGAAUCAACAUAUGUUAUCAUGACAUCUACAGAAGAUGCCACCGUGAAUGUCCAGAAAUGGCAAGAACUGGAGCACCUGAUGGUCGAGGCUUACAAAGACGAUGAAAGGCGACGACGAGACGAGUUGGGCCUGGUAGAUAUCAACGAGGAUGUCAAAGAGUAUAUGGAUGUUCCAGCUACAGGUGCCCGACUCACUGCUGAGGAUGCAUUACAGCACCUGCAACACUUCUGCGAUUCAUUGCCCAAACAUGAAAGUGUUAAAAAUCGCCCUGUGUUCUCUUUCGAAACGAAUAAUCUCGGUCUCAUCCAGGGCUCGGUGACACUACCUAGUUCUGUGCACCCCGCUGUUCACCAUACCCAAGGAAAGAGUUGGUGGUGUACAGAGCGUGUGGCCCGAAAAGAGGCCGCCUUCCAAGCGUACAAGGCUUUGUGGAAAUACGGCCUAUUGAAUAAUAAUCUGUUACCAUUGACAAAGAAAGCCGAGCUUCGAUUCGGUAAAGAUAGUAAUAUCCCCGCGCUGGUGGACUGUGAAGAACAAUAUGAUCCGUUUGUGGAAUUGGCAAACGCCUGGUCAUCAGCAGAUUACCGUCAGACCGAUAUGAAAUUCUCUAGGGAUGGCUGCGUGGAUGAAGAUAUCAAGAUGUCGAUUAUGCUGCCCGGGCCUGUCACAAUGCCAGACAGUAUACCCCUCUAUUGGGACAUUGAUACAACCUACCAAGUCUCAUUCACAUCUCAAAAACGACUUCCUCCACUCACACCUGAUUCCCUUCACCUGUUGCAGGAAAUUACAAAAAUUUAUCUCCAGGGGCCAUCGUCUCGGAUACAACCGCUGGAACGGGACUUUGUGGUACUUUUCAUGCCUACUAUUCCCCUCGAUCAAUUGCAGGAGUGGAAGAAUCAGUACCAGGGCAGUUACAAUCUUCUGGAGCAUUACAAACUUCACGCAUCAGAGCCACCAGCGGGUAUAAUCAGGGAUACUGCCAUGUAUAGUGAACCGCGUCUCUUUCGAGAAUGGGUUUUUUCUGGAGAUGGAGCCAAGGUUCGAGUUGAUACGGAAUGCCAGUCUCUACCCAAAAGGCGCAACUUCCUACAACCUCGCACAGCAGCUGAGGCGGGUGAGGACGGAGGGGCUGGACCUGCUAAGAUGCAUUUAAUUCCUGCAUCGACAUGCACGGUUGAUAGGCUUCCUGCCAAGGAGGCUAUGUUUGGACUGUUCAUAUCCGCUAUAAUUGACCGGAUGGAGGCCACAAUGGUCGCCAAGCUUCUGAAUGACACAAUUUUGGAGGGAGUUGGGAUUCAGAAUCUCAAUCAUGUUCUCACGGCAAUUACUACACCGCUCGCGCAGGCUAGCACUGAUUAUCAAAUUUAUGAGUUCUUUGGGGACUCAGUUCUCAAGUUCACGGUGGCUUGUCAGCUCUUUUUCAAACAACCUACAUGGCAUGAAGGGUAUCUUUCUGAAGGUCGCGACCAGCUUGUUCAAAAUAAACACCUUGCGCAUGCUGCAUUGGAAACUGGAUUGGAUCGUUUUAUUCUCACCAAAAGAUUUACGCCUCGAAAGUGGGAGGCACCGUUUAUCUCAAAGAAAUCAACUGUCGCCCCAUCCAGGAGAACUUUGUCCAGCAAAGUACUAGCGGACGUUGUCGAGGCUCUGAUCGGUGCCGCUUACGUAGACGGAGGAGUUCACAGAGCACAGGCAUGUCUUCAUCGCUUCUUGCCAAAAGAGGUCGACAUAUUCACCAGUGAUAUUUCACUGUAUUUCACUCUUGCCCCAGGAGAUGAGAGCAAUCUGAUCAACCCGGUUCGUCUCACAUCUCUUAUUGGAUAUUCGUUCAAGAACCGGACACUUCUCACUGAAGCCUUCACUCAUCCUUCAUGUGAACACGAUUUGAUCACCCAGUCAUUCCAAAGAAUUGAGUUUCUUGGAGAUUCGGUGCUUGACAUGCUUGUUAUCCCACUGUUAGCCGCUCACCCAGUUGAGAUGCCCCCAGGAAAGAUGACCCUGAUCAAACACUCUGUGGUGAAUGCAAACCUACUGGCAUUCUUUUGCAUGGAACUCGGUUCUACAGAAAACUCCCUACGCAUGGCGCAAAAUGGAGCUCCAGGAUCCAGAGCAGAGCAUGAAGAUAACCGCCUGUGGCGCUUCCUCCGAUUCAACGGGUCGAUAAUCAAAGAGGCUCGCGAUGCAUGUAUUUUGAGAUUUGACGCCCUACGUGACGAGAUCAUGGAGGAGCUUCGGUCUGGGAAACAGUAUCCAUGGGAACUUCUCGCCCGGUUGCAAGCUGAUAAAUUCCUGUCAGACAUUAUGGAAAGUGUUCUUGGCGCAAUUUUCAUCGACUCUAGCGGGGAUCUUGAACAAUGCGAGGCAUUCGUAGAGCGAACUGGGUUGCUCACAUAUAUGCGUCGCAUUCUUACGGAUGAUGUGGACGUUGUGCAUCCGCGAAACGCAGCGCAAACGAUGGUCAAGUUCGUGGGCAUUCUUAUUUUCAAAUCGAGGAGGAUUGACAAGAAGGGGGUUCCGACGACAUAUCAAUGCGCAGCGCUUCUAAAUAAGAAAGAGGUUGCAUUUGUCCAAGGGUGCGGGUCAUCUGAAGAGGCUGAAGUCCGAGUGGCUUAUCUGGUGAUUGAAAGGGUCAAGAACGGAUCCAUCGAGACUGCGGCUUUGACAUGA